CCCGCCCGGGCCGCGGGCCGCCGCCCGGGAACCGCCGCGCCUCUCUAGUUUUACACUCUGUGACCAGGCAAGGUGAUGGACAGCAGAGCAGAGAUGGAAGUUGUGAGAAGCACAAAGGGAAAUCCUGCUGGGGAAGUCAGUGUCCAUAUGGUCACCACUGAGAGCACUGUGCAGAGCACCCACCUUCCAACAACAGCCUUCAUCAUACCAGCAAAUGCUACUACCAUCAGCCUUCCUGCAAGCACCUUAGAAGUCCAGCGAUUUCCCCGGGAGCCACAGAGAAGCACAGGGACCGAAAGGCUGGAGAGGGGAGCAGGGAAUGAGCCCAUCACAGCCACUGUCAUCCCCCAGAUCAGUGGGGUGCAGACCUGCAACACAGUCCGUGUGCUGGAGUGGAAAGAUGGGGUGGCUACUCUGCCUGGGAGUAACCUGCGGUUUCGGAUAAAUGAGUAUGGGACACUGAAGGUGGUGAGUGCUGAUAAGAUGCCUCCAGUGGAACCUAUAAAGGAGAGUCACCCGGAGAAAGACGGGGAUUCAGAGGUGCCUCCCACCAGCAGGGACAAUCUUACUGUUGCUCAGGAUAUACCAGAGCAGCCCAAGCUGCCAGCAGCAGAGGGCAUGUGCCACUGUGAUACCUGUGGCCGGAGACACGUUUCAGAUGGGGCCCGGGAAGGCAGGGGUUUCUGCAGUGAGCACUGUCACCAGCAGUUCAAAGAAAGGUCUGUCAUUGUGGAAAACUCUGCCAGCAGCACCAGCGUCACCGAAAUCCUCAAGCCAGUGAAGAAACGGAAGAGGAAGGAUUACCAGAGCCCUUCAGAGGAAGAAUAUGAAUCUGAGCAAAUGGAGGAAAAGCAGGAAGAGAGGAAAAACUCUGCAGGAGACUCUGCCAUCAGCAAUCCAGAUGUUGAAGCAUGGAAUGGGAGCCAGCACGGUGCCAGCGAGGAGAAGAAAGAAGGCUGGUCUUGGGCGUCCUACUUGGAGGAGCAGAAAGCUGUCGCUGCCCCUUUAGAUCUCUUCCAGGAUUACCAAGUAGCUUCCCAGCACAAGAAUGGCUUUAAAGUGGGGAUGAAACUGGAGGGGAUCGAUCCGCAGCACCCAUCUAUGUACUUUAUCCUUACCGUGGCUGAGGUGUGUGGUUACCGGAUGCGCCUGCACUUUGAUGGCUACUCUGAAUGCCAUGAUUUCUGGUUGAAUGCUGACUCUCCCAACAUCCACCCUGCUGGCUGGUUUGAGGAGACAGGGCACAAACUCCAGCCCCCCAAAGGGGUUGUAGGUUAUAAGGAAGAAGAAUUCAGCUGGACAAACUACCUGAAGAUAACAAAGGCUCAGGCAGCUCCUAAGCACCUCUUUGUGAUCCGAAACAGUCACGAGGCUCCACCGGGCUUUGAGGUAGGCAUGAAGCUUGAAGCUGUGGACCGCAUGAACCCUUCCCUGAUCUGCGUCGCCACAGUGACGGACGUGGUGGACAAUCGCUUUUUGGUGCACUUUGACAACUGGGAUGAUACUUAUGACUACUGGUGUGACCCCAGCAGUCCAUAUAUCCAUCCAGUCGGAUGGUGUCAGGAGCAUGGCAAACCCCUCACACCUCCUCAAGAUUAUCCUGACCCUGACAACUUCAGCUGGGAAAAGUACCUAAAGGAAACUGGAGCAUCUGCUGUCCCAGCUUGGGCCUUUAAAGUGCGCCCGCCCCACGGCUUCCUAGUGAACAUGAAGCUAGAGGCAGUGGACAGAAGGACUCCUGCCUUGAUCCGAGUGGCGAGUGUGGAGGACGUAGAAGAUCACAGAAUAAAGAUCCAUUUUGAUGGCUGGAGCCACGUCUAUGAUUUCUGGAUCGAUGCAGAUCAUCCGGAUAUCCACCCCAUAGGCUGGUGCUUGAAAACUGGGCACCCAUUGCAGCCUCCUCUCAGGCCAAAGGAACCAGCCUCCUCUACCCAUGGAGGCUGCCCAACUCUGGGCUGCAAGAGCAUACCUCAUACCAAGGGCUCCAAGUACAGCUUUCACCACAGGAAGUGCCCCACGCCGGGUUGUGACGGGUCGGGACACGUGACUGGCAGAUUCACAGCCCAUUACUGCCUGUCAGGGUGCCCACUGGCAGAGAAGAACCAGGGCAGGCUCAAAGCAGAUUUAUCUGACACCGAGGCCUCAGCUCGAAAGAGGAACUUGAUCGGCUUCUCUCAACGAAAGAAAUCUCGGCACCAUGGGAGAGGGCGACCUCCAAAGUACCGGAAGAUCCAGCAGGAAGACUUCCAGACUGUUUCCUCAGACAAUAUGCAUCAGUCGCUCUUUAUGUCUGCCCUGUCUGCCCAUCCUGACCGCUCUCUGUCCCUCUGCUGGGAGCAGCACUGCAAGCUCCUGCCAGGAGUGGCUGGCAUCACAGCAACCACUGUGGCCAAGUGGACCAUUGAUGAGGUCUUCAGCUUCGUUCAGACUCUGACAGGUUGUGAGGACCAAGCCAAGCUCUUCAAGGAUGAGAUGAUCGACGGCGAGGCUUUCCUCUUGCUGACGCAGGCUGACAUUGUCAAAAUUAUGAGCGUCAAGCUGGGCCCGGCACUCAAGAUCUACAAUGCCAUCCUCAUGUUCAAAAAUGCUGACGACACCUUAAAGUGACUUUUCUUGGCCCAAAUGAGACUCUCCCUCAGCACCAGUGCUGCCAAACUGUCCAGGACAGAGAUCCGCUCCCCCCCACCACAACAACCCGCAGCUUGUCAUGUCCUGCCCAUGCCCUCAUGGAUGCAUCAUGUCUGCUCUUGCACCAGUCCAUCUCCCUGACCCUCUUCCUCUCUUUCUCUCUCUCCACACUGUUCCUUUCUUCCAGUGCUGGUAGAGGCUGACGAGGCAGAAGCUGGAUGUGGGACUAGCCUGCCUAGGUGUGAAAGUCACCUUUGAUGUGCUCCAAGUGCGGUGACUGCACUAGCGCAGAGGUGUAUUCAGAGACAGCAGAGCUGCAUGGAGGGUGCAGGGGACCGAGAACUGAGACUACCGGCCAAGUAACCAAGGAAAGGGAAGAGGCUGACUACCCACACGCAUACUCACACCAAUUUAAAGGCUUGUCUUUCUUCAGCAGCUGAGAGAGAUUCCCCCUCCCUCCCCAGCCUCUUCCUCUGGAGAGAGACUUGUGUUAACAUAUGAGGGAUGCUCUUUCGAGGAGCUUCUGCUCACUUUGCCUUUUUCUCUUGACUUCUUGUGACUCCCCCUUUUAAGGCCAGAUGAUAACUCUGCUUUGCACUUUCAUUGCACUGGGAACCAGUGACCAGCUUCUCACCCCUUCUGGGGAGCAGCAUGUCCUGGCCAUGGCUCUGCCCAUGACCAGCAUCAAGUGUUUGAUUGCUCUUUACUGUAAGGAAGCAGGCCCAGAGCUCCAUGUGGCCAGGGCUGAACAGAUGCAGAACAAAGCUCCAGUUUCCUCUUACACUUUGGGCCAGCACAUCUCUGGGAGAAAGGCUAUUCGGUUAACUUGUGCCCCUUGCAGGAAUUAAAAGUCCUCUACAAAAGAGAGGCGGACCCACUUUAGUCUCUGUAUUAGGAGAAAGCCCAUUUCUAGCAUUGAGGUAGCUGCAGAGGGCAAAAAGCCUCUAUUUCUCCAUAGGCAGAUCUGGAGCUUGGUUCCUAAGGAAUUCCUAAGUUAGUUGACUCCAUCCUGCCAAGCCACUCUCUAGCUUCCUUGUGUGUUCCCAAGGCCCCCAAGCUUUGGUAUUGGAAACAUAGGAUUAUUUCCUUUCGUUCUCUGGUUUCCUUCCCUGCAGAUCUAAAAGAUUGAGCAGCGGACAGGUUUUUCUAUCCUUUUAGCAACAUAGCGCCUUUCAAAAAGACUACAUGCGGUUUGGAAAUAUGUAAUGCUGUCCCCUGUAAUGGGGGGACAGGCCUGGUAGUCUAGGGUUUUUUAGCCUAAAAAGACGACAUGACUGAAGGGAUGCAGACAGAGUCCCAGGCACCUUCAGGUAGUGCCAUGUCACCACCUGCCAGGAUGGAGAGGACAUGCGAUGCUUACGCAAUGCUUGCUGGAGUCUUUUAUCCCUUCCAGCAUGUCUCCUGUGGGUCACCACUGGAGCAAAGACACCAGGUGGAGGGACCAGUAGUGUGACUGUGUGGUGUUUGUGGUUCUGCUGUGUUACACCAGAAGGAUGUCAGCGCAGGCUGGGCUAUGUGUGAUUGGAGGUGGGCUCCUGGGCCCUUGAAAACUUUCCACAGUCAGAAAUGGUGUGAUCAGAGUCCUGGAUGUUCCUUCUUUCCCAUUCCCAUGAAUGACAUAUCAGUAGCAAAACAAAUCUUUUCCUCUUUCCCAGUGCUCAAAGACAGGGGGAACAUGUCUCGGAGCAACACUGCCUUGGAAGCCACUCUCACACCUGGGUCUAUUUGUGCUAGGCUUCCCAUGGAAAUGUAGCAUUUUGACUCUUACUGAAUUGUUGGGGUCACAUUUGACCUGCUCUUAAAAUGUCUGCUGCUUGCUGUUCAUGUGGGGCUUGUAACUAGUCCAUGUAUUUAUUUUGUCAGUGCUUGGGUUUCAUUUAGGCAGCUCUCCCUCUCCUCUCCCUUUUUAUUUUCUUCCAUCUCUUCAAGCACUGUAGUGUGGCCAGCUGUGCAGAGAGGGUGAGUGGGAAGGAACAUAUGUGUGCUUGAGUCCCACCAUCACUCCCAGAGUCACCCUCAAUCCACAGUAAAUGGUGUCAAACUUGGUCUCUUCAGCUGUUGGAGAGUCUCUUCCUGGGCUGUUGUGCUGGGAGAGAGGAAGAGGAGCUCACCUUCAGUUGUGAGAUUCUCUAUGUAAACUGUGCUCUGAUGCAUCUCCAGGUGUGAUCUGGAAUGGCACAUCUACUUAGUACCCUUGCACAGGGCCUGGUCAGUGAACUUAUAAGGAAAUACCUUGUGAACCCUGUUCUUUUCUGCUCCAUUUCCUCAUGCUAAGUCAUUCUUCCUUUUGGGGAAGGGACUAAGUGCUUGCUUUGGGUGCACAGUAAGGAAUUGCUACCAGGGUAUCAGAUCUAAAACCAGCAAGAAGGGAGAGUCUUCUUUCUCCCAGGGCUGCCCUGGGGAGCAGAGAUGGUGGGGAGCUGCCAGAAUCCCUGCUGAAGGGGAAAAGGAUCUGUAAAGCCAAACCAUGGCUGGUCCACAGGACCAUGUUGUCCAUAGUUGCAGUUCUUCCUCUGCUGUUGUGGUGACCAAGCUGUACUCUGCCUGAGCCCUGACAAGAUGGGCAGAGGUGGGUGCUCCAGCCUGUGCUGGCCUUGGGCACCAGAGGGUGCAGCUGGAAGCUGCUCCUGUUGGUUACUGCCUUCCUGAGCUCUUGCAACCUCCCUGUAAGAGCAGAUGCAAACUGCCAUGCACGGCCCCUGGCUGCAUGGCUGGACCCAAGGUCUCUGGUGCAGACAUUGCUGGGUCCAAGCUCUGCACAGGGAGUAGCUUGCCAGGAAAAACAACCUCAUGGGAAGUGUGAAGUGAGUUAUGAGGAUUUUUGUCACACUCACUCACUCAUCUGCUGCCUCGAGCAGCAGUUAACCUGCUUCUUGGGCUGGCUCCUUUCAGUCUGUUGGAUACAAAGCUGCUGAUUUGGUCUGGAGAGAGUUACAGAGUGUAGAUAGUCAAGGGCUAUUUACUGUUAAAGCUUAUAACCUUCUUUUUGUUUCCUAAACAAAACAAACCAAAACAAACCCAAAGCAUUAUAUGUAUGUGUGGAUGGGUGUUUGUGGGUGCCAGUGUAGAAAAAUCACAAUGCCAUUUCCUCUGCUGGUGGUCUUGACACUGUUUUUGUGUGAUGGUCUCUGCCUGCUGCAAAGAUACAGCUGGGAAAGUGGUAGGCCCUGGGCCAUAGGUGGAGGCAGCUGGGGGAGCAGGCAGCCUGUUGGAGAGCAGAGGUUGCCCCUGGUGCCAGCAGGGAAGCUGAGAGAACGAAGAGUGGCUACACCCUGGCUAUGGCAGGAUCCUCCAUUUCCACAGAGCCCCAGUGGGGAACCCCAGGUCAGGGAGUGUCGAGGCAGCUGUGGCCAAGGCAGAAGCACGCAAGUUUUCAUCCUUCCCCUGUUGGCUAGUAGAGCUCCUCCUGGACACCUCCUCUGCAGUGUCACUGAGGAACUGGAGCAGAUGCUAGAGCAGAACCUGGCCUGAAGAUCUUCUGGAGGCUCUUUUUCAAGAGAUGUGACAACAGCUAGAGUUUUUCAGGCCGUGAAGGAUUUUAAAAUAUAUUUCUGAGUGGAGGCCCCUGAAGCCUGUGCUCUGCAGUCCCACCUGUGCUGCUGGAGGUGGCAUAGGAGACUUCCUGCCUUGUGGUGGGUGCCGCUGCCCCUCCAGCCCUGGCCUCAGGUGCCAAGGGUAUCUGCCCGGGUGAUGGCUCUGAGUGCGUAUUAACAGUGAGCCUUGCAGGAAGGUGUUUUAGUGAGAGCCCCAGGUCUGUGUUCCUGCAAAGAAAAGGGGGGGCCUGAGGCUCGGCAAGGAACCUGACUUUCUGUGCCCAGAGCGUGUCUGGCUGCCUCUCUUGCUCCAGGAGACCUGAGCAAUUUUUGCAUCAUUCACAAGCACUGUAAAAUAUAUAUAUAUAUACAUAUAUAUAUAUAAAAAAAUCCAAAUUGGUAGGGUUGAUGGCUUACAGCAGCUGCCACCUGCCAAGGCAAGUCUGUGGACCUGAGUGCAAUCGAGCAAGUGCCAGAAGGGGAGGCAGCCACACGGAGAGGUAACUUAGCAGCUUCUCUGCUGUUCUCCCCGUUUCUUGGGUGGAGGCAGCAUCCUGAACACAAACGGAAGGUAAACAGCCAGGCAUUGAGUUUGUCCCCCCCUUCCCUCUCCUCCUGGGGCCUGUCACUUGCUGUUACCUGGUGGGAGGAAAAGGGAGUUGCAUUUUGAAAGGAGUGUGUUUGUGAUGAUAAAGCUUUUUUGCACUUUCAUUCAUUUUGCACUUGUUUUUGAUUUCCAUUUCCUGAGGUUUUUGAUAUUUGCACCUCCUCUGUUUUCAUAAUGGAAAUACUAUUGUUGUAGCCAGUGCAACUAUUCCAGAACUUUGUGUCCUGAGUAUACAAAGGUUUAAAGAUCUUAGAUAUAUAUAAAUUUAUAAAAAAAAAUAUAAAUUUAUAUAUAGAGAUCAGUACGUGGUGUGUU